CUUCAUACUUCCAGGGGCUGUGUAAUGUAUCAGUAUUCUGUAAAAGUACUUUGCUAGUCUAAAUCCAGCGUUUCUUUCUUCGUUCUUGUGUUUUGUCAGUUUAUGUUUCGAUUAUUAAGCUAACUGUACAUUUUAACCGAGCAGACCUGUAAUCUGUUAGUUAGCGCUGAGUCCGAGUUUAUUUUUUCAAACCGUUGUCGACUGUUCUCGCUCUAAUUUUUUAUAAUGGAUAAGAAACACAUUUACUACUCUGAUAAAUACGACGACGAACUAUAUGAAUACAGACAUGUAAUGUUGCCCAAAGAGAUUGCUAAAUUGGUGCCCACGAAUCACUUAAUGUCAGAGACAGAAUGGCGUAAUUUGGGAGUUCAACAGAGCCAGGGCUGGGUGCACUAUAUGAUUCAUGAUCCUGAACCACAUAUUCUGCUAUUCAGGAGACCUCUACCAGAGAAGACUACUGAUAAAUGAAUAUGAGCUUUAAACAAGAUAUUGAUUAAAUGACUUUUUACAGAUUGCUAUCUGAACCAAAUAUAAUAUAUAAAAACUUGAACAUCAGGAAGGCGGACUUGCUUUAAGAAUCCUAAUGAGACAUUAUUCAGCACAUUUUGGAAUCCAGGAGGAGCAAUGCUGAAUAUGUGGAUGGCACUGACUUAGUAUUUAAUUUUUGUGAGUGCUUGGUUCGUUUGCAAUCUUUAAAUUAAAUAAGUGUGCACUGACAUCUUCUGUAUUGAAUGCUGCGCAAUUCAGCUAUUUGUUCUGGCAUAUUUACUAUGAAAGUAACAUAUACAUAUUUUUUUUAUUUCCUACAGUAAGGGCCACUGAUAAAAAUGCGUGACAUUAGAAAAAUGACAUUUUUUCUUUUUUUGAAAACCUUGUUUUACUAAUAUUAUUUCAUAAUAUUGCAAGUUCUUUGUAGACAGUCGAAGCAGAAAACACCUAACUUUAGGUUCACCGAGAGAAAUAAUCUUUGAACUUGUUUUGCUUUAGGGCAAGUAAUUAGUUUAAUGAGUAAUUGAAAUGCUGUUUAGUACACGCGUAUUUUAUUUGACUUAGUGUCAGCCUCAUUCUCCUUGGCCCUGUUGUGUAAUUUACAAAGGAAAUGCAUAUUUCGUAUGUUAUACGAGAUAAUCUUAUGUUUUAUAUUGUUGGUACCAGUACUGACUGUGUUAAAUAGUGUCUUCAUUAAGUAUAAUGUUCAUUGUUGACUAUCUGUAUAUAAUACAGUGACGUACUAUGUUUAAAGAAAAUGUCGUGCCGCUUUUGGAAUAAAGCUGUAAUGGACUUUUUU